CCGUUAUUAAACGGAGUCCUACGAUUUGUACAUAAAUAGCAGAUCACCUCCGUACGGAAUCCCAAACAGCUCCUCCACUUUUGCAUGACUCUUUCCCCCAAUUUUCAACACUUUCUCAACUUUCAUCGACCAAUUCAAUCCAAUUCAAUUCGAUUCCAUCUCUAUAAACACUGAAAAAGCAUGGCAGGCUUCUCGCUGAAGCGCCGCGUGGCGUCAAUUUUCCGGCGGAGAGCAUCUCGGCCGCAGCGCCGCCGCCGCCGCCUCUGCAGGCUGAUCGGGUGGGGCGCGCGAAGGCUCGGGUGGAGAGCGAAGGGGGUGGAGAGGGAUCCGAUGCUGGAGAAGGCCUCGGCGGUGCCGAAGGGGCAGAUGGCGGUGUACGUGGGGCAGAGCGACGGCGAGUUCGAGCGGAUUUUGGUGCCGGUGGUGUAUUUCAACCACCCGUUGUUUGGGGAUUUGUUGAAGGAGUCCGAAAACGAGUUCGGGUUCAAUCAGCCGGGCGGGUUAACGAUACCCUGUCGGAUCUCGGAGUUUGAGCGUGUUCAGACCCGGAUUAAGUCGGGUCGCCCUACCCGGAUGUGGAAGAGUCUCAGAUUUUGAAUUUGAUGAUGUCUGACUAUUCAGAUUUGUAAUUAACUUACCUAUCUUAAUUUUAAAAAAGCUUUUCCCCAUUUCU